UCCGAUUGCCCUCCAGCUGCCUCUCGAUGCCGUGCGGUCCUUGAGCUCGGCGCCCGAGGCUCCGCCGCCACCGCAGCUGUCCGACGUGUCACUGCGCGAGCCCCGCCCCCGGGGUGGGGUCUCAGGCUCCGGCUCCCUCGAAGGGAGGAGAUGGAGGGGGGGUGUUAAAAGGGAAGGGCCCCCGGAAGUGCCCCCUCCACAGUGCGGGAGAGAGAGACAUCGGGGGCGGAGUUCCCUUUCUCUCCCUGCGUGGUUGGUGCGUCCCAGGUGACGUCAGAAGCAGCCUGCCCCUGGCUGGAUGGUGCGCGCUGAGUGACGUCAGGAGCAGAGGCCGGAGCUGUCCAUCAGCACCAAAGGCCGCGGGCGGGCUCAGGGCAUGGGGCCGCGGCUCUGGGGCGGCCCGAGCCCCUGCUCCUGCUCCUUUCCCUUUCCCAGGAGCCCGAUUCCCCGGACAUCGCGGCUCUGGAGUGCCCGCGGGUGUUGUAGGCGGAGCAGCGACGCCGACGCCGCGCAGAGACCGGUCGCUCGGGCCCAGCAGCCCCCGUGCCAGCACGGUGGACUUUUUUCAGGACCCCUGUCACUUGGAGGCCCUGGCGCCCCGCAUCCCCUCCCCCUCCGGCGCCUAUCCCGCCUCUUCAGCUCAGAUCACCUCCAGCCCAGGUAGAUCUUGGACAAUUCCAGACCUGGCCGCCCACGAGUCUCCAGGCUGCCUGCUUCUCACCGGCUGCACACUGGCCCUCCUCUCAGCUCCCCUUUUAACUUCUCCACCCAGGCACCUCUAGAUUUGGACCCCACUCCAGCUGCAUGGUGUGGGCAUUCCUCCCCUUGUUUGUCCAUUGUGCCCUUGCCUGGUCCUCCCACUCCCACCCUCAUCCCAGCGGGGACCCAAGAUUCCUCUUUGACCCCAGCCUCCUGUCAGUCUGACAGAGGAGGGUGACUACCUCCAUUCUCAGUACAAUGCCCGGCACUGUGGCGACGCUGCGGUUCCAGCUGCUGCCCCCCGAGCCAGAUGACGCCUUCUGGGGGGCACCCUGUGAGCAGCCCCCGGAGCGCAGGUACCAGGCGCUCCCAGCUCUCGUCUGCAUCAUGUGCUGUCUGUUUGGAGUCAUCUACUGCUUCUUUGGUUACCGCUGCUUCAAGGCAGUGCUCUUCCUCACGGGGCUGCUCUUCGGCUCCGUGGUCAUCUUCCUGCUGUGCUACCGAGAGCGGGUGCUGGAGACGCAGCUGAGCGCGGGCGCGAGCGCCGGCAUCGCCCUGGGCAUCGGGCUGCUGUGUGGGCUGGUGGCCAUGCUGGUGCGCAGCGUGGGCCUCUUCCUGGUGGGGCUGCUGCUUGGCCUGCUGCUCGCCGCCGCCGCCCUGCUGGGCUCCGCACCCUACUACCAGCCAGGCUCCGUGUGGGGCCCGCUGGGGCUGCUGCUGGGAGGUGGCCUGCUCUGCGCCCUGCUCACACUGCGCUGGCCCCGUCCACUGACCACCCUGGCCACCGCGGUGACCGGAGCUGCGCUCAUCGCCACCGCCGCGGACUACUUUGCCGAGCUGCUGCUGCUGGGGCGCUAUGCAGUUGAAAGGCUGCGGGCCACCCCCGUGCCCCCGCUCUGCUGGCGGAGCUGGGCCCUGCUGGCACUCUGGCCGCUCCUCAGCCUGGGGGGCGUGCUGGUGCAGUGGCGGGUGACUGCCGAGAGAGACUCCCACACGGAAGUGGUCAUCAGCCGGCAGCGGCGACGUGUGCAGCUGAUGCGGAUUCGGCAGCAAGAAGAACGCAAGGAGAAGCGGCGGAAGAAGAGGCCCCCGAGGGCCCCCCCAAGAGGACCCCGUGCUCCUCCCCCACGGCCCGUUCCCCCCGACCCUGCAUAUCGGCGGCGGCCGGUGCCCAUCAAACGCUUCAAUGGAGACAUCCUAUCCCCGAGCUACAUCCAGAGUUUCCGGGACCGGCAGACUGGCAGCUCCCUGAGCUCCUUCCUAAGCCCACCCACCGAGGCCGACUACGAGUGUGGGUCCCGGGGCUCACUGACGGCCUGCACAGGCCCCCCUGUGCGAGUAUAGCACGACGAGCCCCCACCUGCUUUGACUCUUCAUCACCAGCUCUGCCGGACCGGGCCCCCCUGGCUGGAAGGGGACUGGCCUGAUUCCAAGAAGGAAGAUCAUCCUCAGGCGAGGCCUGACCUAAGGGGACAGCCCUCUCCCAGGCUCCUUUGGGACUCCUGAGGAACUCGGGUGGGAACCUCACUGAGGUGUGCUCAGGGUUGUGUUUUCUGUGUGUGUGGAGGGGAUGGGAGUGGAGGGGGCACUGGGACCCUUGCCUUUGAUUUCAGAUUGGUCGGGCUUCACCAAGAUCAACCUGUCGCCUGCCCCCUGCUGGGGCCACAGGCCACCCUCCUGCAUGUGUACAUGGUGGAGGCCUGCCUCCCUCCCCCUCCCUGCCUCCCACCCAGAUUUCUCAUCUAGGGGUUCUCAUCCUUUUUGGGUAGCGGGGGGGAAAGACUGCUGCCCUCCUCACUGGGGUCCCCUGUCCUCUGCAGAGGGCAAGGCCUGCGGGUUUCCAGUGCACGGUGCAUGUCUGGUGUCUGUCAUGCCACCCUGGACACCUCAUGCUUUUGUCCCCCUCCUCCUUUUACAACUUUUAUAAAUGUGCCAAACUGCUAGGA